CGUCGAGCUCAUCUUAAGCUUCCCAGAAGCGUCAUGUCGGAUCCUCCCACAGCGCAGUCGUUUUUAAACCUCAAUGCGCUGCUUGAUAAUCCCGUUUUCGCGGGUGGCUUUGGCCUCGCGUCACUUGGCGCCGUUUUGGCAUUUGCUCGCCGAGGCGUAUUAGCUACAGCUGGUAUGAUUCGGCGUCGUAUGCUUGUUAAUGUUGAAAUUAGUAGGACAGACCCGUCUUAUCCUUGGAUCCUUGCCUGGUUAUCACAACCUCGUGAACAAACUUCUUUAAUUGCGAAGAGGUUGACACGCAUCAACAAGCUGUCUGUCACUACGUCCACUAGCUCUACUCCAAAUGGCGCCACUAAAGCCAGCUUCUUUCUACAGCCUGGAUACGGCCGGCAUAUUGUGAAAUACAAACAUGCGUACAUCGCCGUAAAUAGGGAGAAACAGGCAACAGCGAAGACAAAUACUGGCGAACCCCAUGAGACGGUGGAACUUACUACUUUAUAUGCGCACAGGCACAUUUUCGAAGAUGUUUUCGCCGAGGCUCGGAGUCUUGCACUCCAGGCAAACGAAGGGAAAACUGUAGUGUAUUCUGUGCGAAGUUUUGACUGGGUUCCACUUGGGGAGCCUCGAAGAAAACGACCUUUAGGCAGCGUCAUCUUAGAUCAAGGUAUUAAGGAAGACAUCGUUAACGAUGCCAAAGACUUUCUCGCCCGACGACAAUGGUAUGUGGACCGCGGAAUCCCAUAUCGUAGGGGAUAUCUCUUAUACGGUCCGCCGGGAAGUGGCAAGAGUUCAUUCAUCCAGGCGCUGGCUGGUGAACUGGAUUUCAGCGUGGCCAUGGUUAAUCUCAGCGAGAUCGGAGUGACAGAUGAUAAGCUCGCCUUUCUUCUUACCAAGCUUCCAGAGCGGACUAUUCUCCUGCUAGAAGAUGCUGACUCCGCAUUUGUCAACCGGAGGAAUCGUGAGGCGGAUGGAUACAGCGGCGGGACGGUGACGUUCUCCGGGUUAUUAAAUGCCCUAGAUGGAUUAUCUGCGGGAGAGGAACGAAUCGCAUUCCUCACUACCAAUCACGUCGAACUUCUGGAUCCGGCUCUGAUUAGGCCGGGCCGGGUGGAUAUGAUGGUUCGCAUAGGCGAAGCAACUAGGUAUCAAGCUGCUCAGAUGUGGGAUAGAUUUUAUGGUGACGUCGAUGUCGAUGGUACUCAUCGGGAAAGGUUCUUGAAGCGGCUCGACGACUUGGGGCUCUUUCGCGACGCGAAGGAUGGCGAGUCACUCCCUCGAACUAGCACUGCCGCUAUCCAAGGCCUUUUCCUGUUCAAUAAAAACGACAUGGAGGGCGCCAUCAGCAUGGCUGAACACCUCAUUCCGGCAAAGUUAGAAGCGGAGAAAUAAGCCAUUCGCUUGUAUACUACAUGUAACAACUAUCCAACGAAUGUAUUAUACAUGAGAUACCCCAACAACCAGUAUGCUUUUAUGGGAGAUGAUCGUUCACGUCACUUGCCACGCCGGAACCUGUCCGCGGUCUGGCGUCUGGGAAUGAAUACAACAAAUUGUUGUCAUCUCGAGGCUUCGACUUAGACAACUGCAUGAAUCCUGGCUUCCGAAAGUAUCUCGGACGAUCUAAUAUGGGUACUAUUUGAGCUAAAACAGGGUCUGGAGAAGCGUCCUGCGAGCUGCACGGGAAUCACGCACUGCUCCUCAUAUGACAAGAAUACCUACCUCAUAGCAAGAGAUUGGCUGGCUGGCUGGGGUUCGAAAUAAAGGCGACGUCCGGAGCAGUUGAUUCAUAACUGCCAACGUGGGGUUACGGGAAUAGCUUAGGUGGGUACCUGGAAUAGGAUGCCCUAGCCUUUGCGGCUAUCACUCCUCCCAACCGAGCCAACCAUGGUUGAGACCUUGGAGCAUACGGGCGUUUCGCUAUUUUCUAAGCAGGCUGGUGUUUACCUAAUGCUCAUUCCUGUACAAUACGUCCUUGAA